AUGCCCAUAUCAAACUUCGGACCGCCAAAGCACGUUCAUUCGGCUACAAUUAAAAAUACAACUGAUGCUCCCGUGCAAUGUAUAAUAUGGUAUUGCGGGGAAAAUGCACACCACGAAGCUGAAAGAAUCAAUGUCACAAUUGCAGCUCAGAACGAAUUUUAUGCCGAAACUCGAGCAUAUGCAAAUGCACAUAUGAUUACCGAUAAAGUUAUUCACAAGAUUAUAGUAACAAAAUCAGAUGGGAAAAAGUUAGAAUUACAACGUCCGUUUGAAGGAGUGGCUGGUACAAUGAAAGAUGGUAUAGUAGGUGCAAUGAAAGGUUGGGAGUUUUAUAUUGAAGAAAAUGGUAUUAAAUCGCAUAAUCCAUACAGUUAG